UCUAGUUAUCAGUGUUGUGUAGCUGCAUUACUGCGAAAUUGUUUAUUGCAAAAAUCUGCAAAAGGGAGAUAGUAGGACAAAUAGAAAAUAAUAGCAGUGGCCGAAAUGUGUUAGAUGUUUAAGUUGCUGACUAAUACUGGGUGGAAGGUAAUCAGUUGGAAUCGCCGCAAGAAACAAUGCUGCCACCGAGGGAAAACGUAGACCUGGAGUGUUUCCUGGUGACGAAGCACUCUUGGAAGGGCAGGUAUAAGCGCAUACUGUCUAUCGGAACAGCCGGCAUCUCAACCUACAAUCCGGAUAGGCUGGACUUGACCAACCGGUGGUCGUUCUCGGACAUUGUGGCAGCAGUGCCCUCCAAAACUUCAAAUAUACCCAAUGAGUUUAUCCUGACCAUUAAGAAGGAUAAGAAACUGGAAACUAUCAAGUUGUCGUCAGAAUACCGAAAUGAUAUUCUCACCUCAAUAUUAAAAUACUACAAGGAGUUUGCCGACAAGCCGAAGAAUGCUCAGCGAUUCAGUGCGUAUAAGUACCACUGGUCCGGUAUCAGCCUGCCUACUGUGCUGGAAGUCACGCCCUGCUCGCUGGAUCAGCUCGAUCCAACCACAAAUGACGUGCUGGCGAGCUAUAUGUACAAGGACAUCGAAGGAAUAAUAGCAGGCAUCUCGGAUUAUGAGGGAGGAAUCGUGAUGGCCUAUGGUGGAUUCAGUCGCCUGCAUUUGUUUAAGGCCCUGAACCACCACGAAAUCGUACAGAACAUUGUGCAGAGAUCGGCCCAGUUUCUCGGCAUCGAGACGAAAAUACUCAAGAGUCAAAUCACGCUGGAGCAGUUCGAGAGGCAGCGAUUUGGAAAGUUUAGCGGCGACCAGUUUCAAACCUCAUCUACCGAGUUCUCAGUGCAAAAGAUAACGCCCCGCCACCCGGAUCCGGUGAAGCGUAUUCUAUGCCUUACCGAGGUGACGUUGCUGGAGCGAGAUCCCCAAACCUAUAGCGUGUGCACCCUGCGACCGCUUACCGAUGUGUUCGCACUGGUUCGCGACAAGGACAAUAUCCAGCGAUUCAGUAUUGAGUACAAAAACGGAAUCGUUCGCAGCUACAGCACAAACGAUCGGGACUCACUGUUAGCCACUGUGUUAGAUGCAGUGCGCUCCAGCGGCAAUCAGGAUGUCCAUGUCCGCAUUGGAAAUACGCCGCGUGGCAAGCGAUACGUGCCACUAAGCAGCUCUGUAGACGAGGAAACGGAAGCGAACUUGAUGCGCCUGGUUAUCCACAAUUUCCAAAACCCAUCUAAGCGAUAUGAGAUCUUGGAGCGCUUCAAUGCCAACGUGCCUCACAGUGGCCUUAACUACAGUGUGACCCAGGAUAGCUUGUUUGCCGAGAACAAGGAUAAACUCAUCCUAAGUGCUCUUCAAGCUUUGGCCCAAAAGGAGCUAGACAGUCCCACGGCCCAGUUAAGCAACUUGGAGCUGGAGGCUAUAUUCCAUGCACUGACACGUCUGCUGGCCAGCAAAGUGGGCUACGCAGCCUUUACCAAUCUCCCUGGCUUUCGUGAGAUUAUUGGUACAAAGGUUGUGGCCGCUUUGCGACGCAAGGAUCUGGCUGUGACAUACUCUGCUAUUGACAUGAUCAACUCCUUAAUGCAUUCUGUAAAUUCUGAUCACGAUUUAAAGCAAGAGCAGCUUAACAAAUCCUCAAUUCUGUCAUCAAAAUCGUUUUUGGAGACUUUGCUAAACAUGUGGACCACCCAUGUGAGUCAUGGCAGUGGUGCUCUGGUACUUUCGGCCAUGCUAGAUUUCAUGACCUUUGCCUUGUGUGUGCCUUACAGCGAGACCACCGACGGCAAGCAGUUCGACGUGCUGCUAGAGUUAGUUGCCGAUCGUGGGCGCUAUUUGUACAAACUAUUCCAACAUCCCUCACUGGCGAUUGUAAAAGGAGCUGGCCUGGUGUUGCGGGCCAUCAUUGAGGAGGGUGAGCUGCAAGUGGCCCAGCAAAUGCAAGCCUUGGCUUUGGAUGAGGCGGCUCUGUGCCGGCACUUACUGGUGGCUCUGUAUACGCCUUCUAAUGAUCCCACUCAGACCACACAGCGUCAGUUGUCGCGACAUUUAAUCGGAUUGUGGCUAACGGACAGCGAGGAGGCAAUGGAGCUGUUUAAACGCAUUUUCCCCGCCGGUCUUUUGACCUUCUUGGAGUCGGAGGAUUCUGUCCCAGAGUCGGAUAUCGAGGAGGACAAACUAAAUUUCCGCGAUAAUCUCAAGUUUGCAAUACAACAUUCCAACAAAACUCGUAAGAAUGUGAUAGAAAAGCAUUUACAAGGCAUCAAGCAUUGGGGCAUGAACCUCAUUGAGAAGCAGGAUGGUGCAGCUCAGGCGCUCAAGAAUCGACCGGUGGUGUUGCGAAAUCGGCGCCAGAAGAAAAAGACAUCCGAUGUCGUUGUGAAUCUGCCAUUCUUCUUCUACAGCUUUGCCAAAGAUCACAGCCUACCCAAUCUUAUAUGGAAUCACAAGACCCGCGAAGAGUUGCGCAUGUGCCUAGAGAACGAGCUGCGACAAUUCCUUAAUGAUCGUGAUUUGGCUGGCCAGAUGAUUGUGGCCUGGAACUAUCAGGAAUUUGAGGUGGGCUACCAAUGUCUAGCGGAUGAGAUCAAAAUUGGUGAUUACUAUAUUCGCUUGAUAUUGGAGAAGGACGACUGGCCGCAGAACUUGGUUAAGGAUCCGAUUGAACUAUUCAAUGCUUUGUACAGACGGGUGUUGUGUCGUCAACGCGUAAAUGAUGACCAGAUGACGGUUUUUUCCCUGCAGGCUUUAGCUAAAGUAUACCGUCGUUAUCACGCAGAGAUUGGAAAGUUUAGCGAUAUGUCGUACAUCUUGCAGCUCAGCGAUAGGUGUCUAUCUCCCUCUAUGCGGGAUGCACUGAUAAACCUAAUUUCUUGCCUGGUGUUGGAAAAAUCCAACUGUCGAGCCCUUAUAGAUCAUGUGCAGUGUUUGGUGGAUCUAAUCACUUUGGCCCAUCUACACAAGGGUAGGGCUCAGCUUAAUACCAAAACGAAUGUAAUCGAAGCAGGUCCCAAUAUGGCUGCAUACGAAGAAAAGGAUUGGUACUACAAUGUCGAGAAAGAAGGCCAGAAACCAGAGCGUCAGGGACCCAUCACUUACUCCGAGCUUAAGGAGCUCUGGCAGAAAGGUCUAAUCACACCAAAGACACGUUGCUGGGCUAUCGGCAUGGAUGGCUGGCGAUCGCUGCAGCAGAUUCCACAGCUGAAGUGGUGCCUCAUUGCCAAAGGCACUCCGCUAUAUGACGAGACUGAGCUAUCCUCAAAAAUCCUAGACAUACUGAUCAAGUGCACAAGCUUCUUUCCAAGUCGCACCCAAAACGGUGUGGCCGUGCUCAUCCCGGGUCCAAAACUGUCCCGCAAGCUUUCGGAGUUCAUCUGCCUCCCCCACGUGGUUCAAGUUUGCCUUACCCACGAUCCUGGAUUGCUUGAACGCGUGGCCACGCUGCUCUACCAGAUUAUGGAGGACAAUCCAGAGAUGCCCAAGGUCUACCUCACGGGAGUCUUUUACUUCAUGCUUAUGUACACAGGCAGCAAUAUUCUGCCCAUUACCAGAUUCCUCAAGAUGACGCAUAUGAAGCAAGGAUUUCGUAGCGAGGAGACCUCCCAAUCCGGCAUUAUGCACCGCAGUAUUCUGGGCCAGCUGCUUCCCGAAGCUAUGGUCUGCUUCUUAGAAAACUACAGCGCAGAAAAGUUUGCGGAAAUUUUCCUGGGCGAGUUCGACACUCCCGAGGUUAUAUGGAGCUCAGAAAUGCGGCGUCUGCUGAUCGAGAAAAUCGCCGCCCAUAUCGCAGACUUUACGCCCCGACUCCGCGGUCACACAAUGGCGAGAUAUCCGUACUUGGCCAUUCCAGUGAUCAGCUAUCCACAGCUCGAGAACGAGCUGUUCUGUCACAUCUACUACCUGCGUCACCUGUGCGACACCCAAAAGUUUCCCAACUGGCCCAUCUCGGAUCCAGUGCAACUUCUGAAGCAUACACUAGAUGCCUGGCGAAAAGAAGUUGAAAAGAAACCUCCCCAGAUGACAAUCCAACAGGCUUACCAGGAUCUAGGCAUCGACCUAACUAAGAUCCCAAAACCGGAUGAGUCCAUGAUUCGGAAGAGUUACUACAAGCUGGCGCAAAUGUACCAUCCUGAUAAGAACCCAAAUGGGCGCGAGAUAUUCGAGAAAGUGAAUCAGGCCUACGAGUUUCUUUGCUCACGCAACGUGUGGAGCUCGGGUGGUCCAGAUCCCAACAAUAUUGUGCUAAUACUUCGCACACAGAGUAUUCUUUUCGAACGUUAUCCGGAUGUUUUACGUCCCUACAAGUACGCUGGUUAUCCGCAGCUCAUCAAGACAAUACGCCUGGAGACCCGUGAUGAUGAGCUUUUCUCAAAGGAGGCCCAGCUUUUGACAGCUGCUUCAGAGUUGUGCUAUCAUACAGUUCACUGCUCCGCCUUGAAUGCCGAAGAGCUGCGCCGGGAGGAGGGUAUCGAGGCACUUUUGGAGGCCUACACCCGCUGCGUGUCCAUUCUGGGAGUGGACUCUAAGCCGGACUCGCUUCACUACCAGGUCAUAUCGAACGUGACCCGGUGCUUCGAAGUGGCCUGCAACUUUGAGAAGUGCAAGCAAAAGAUCAUCCAGUUGCCACAGCUGUUGUCCGACGUGUGCCGCGUAGUUUACUUUAAGCACACACUUUCGGUGAGCUUGGUGACCAGUUUGGCAGCCAACAACUACGACCUGCAAUGCCAAUUGUCGCGGAACGGCGUGCUUUGGUCACUGCUGCUAUUCAUCUUCGAGUACGACUAUACGCUGGAUGAGAGCGGAGUGGAGGUCAGCGAUAAGUCCAACCAGCAGCAGUUGGCCAACAACCUGGCAAAGAUGGCCGUCCUCGGGUGCAUCUCCCUCGCUGGUUAUAGCAUGGAGUUGCGCCAAAAACCGGUGACAGGAAGCGAGGCGAACUCUCCAGCGACCAAGGCGCCGCCAGCCAUUAAACCAAAGCCAUCAGUACCCGCUGCCUCGACGUACACCCAGAAUGCUCACAAUCCGCUGCAAAGUAAACAGUUGGCCAUCACGAGCGGCAAGGAGAAGGAGCCAGAUACCUCGUCUGGGAGCAGCGACACUUCCAGCUCCACGCCCACCGAAAGUGAUCAACAGCAGCAGUUGGCGAAAAGCAGUCCCAGUGCCAUCCAGCAGAAGUACAUUGUGACGGGGGAAGCGAAGAACUCGCUGAUCAAGCAGGUCCUCGACCGCCUGCUUACUCGCUACAUUGCCAACCAGUUGGCCACGGCUCGCGACAGCGACGUUCUUAAGUUGCUCACGGCAAACACCCGUAAUCCCUACCUCAUCUGGGACAAUGGUACCCGGGCUCAACUCAAGGAUUUCCUGGAACAGCAGCGCACGGCCUCCGCCAAGGAGACACACGAAGAUAUUGCCCAGGUGUCCGAGCUAGUUUCUAGCUUUGAAUUUGAUGCACACAAAGAUGAGUUGCAGAUUGGCGGUAUAUUUAUACGUAUCUACAACGACAUGCCCACCCAUCCAAUUGCUCAGCCUAAACUCUUUAUUAUGGAUCUGCUGGAUUACCUCAAGCAUGCCUUUCAGUUUUUACAGUACAAAAAGAAUCCGACAUUAGCUGCCGCUGCUGUUAGCAAUGCUCCCAAAAUGGGCAGUGAUGGCAUUCUUACUCCCACUCUGGCUCCUAAUCAUCCACAAUUACAGCAAGCAUCGUCGGGCAAAGCGGGUAGCACCUUUGACGAAGUGUUAACAGCUUACAACCGAUCCAAGAGCCGAAAAAAGCUUGAAACUGACGCCCAAACGGAACAACAGUUGGCCCUACAGCAGUGCAAAUACGACUUCUGUAGCGACGGAAAGCUUGAGCUGCACAUCACCAUGGUGCUUAAAGCAUUGAUAGCAGUGAUCAAGGCAAAUGCUGAGGUCGAGAUCCAGUGCAUCGGCAACUUUGACAUGAUCUUUGGCUUUCUGGCCAACAACAUAUUCAGCGAUAACUCCACAGUUAAGACGGUGGCCUUGGAGGUUGUUUCUCUGGUUUCGCGAAACAAGGAGUGCGUAUCGGAAGUUGCAGCUUGUGAAAUCCUGGGCAACUAUUUGGUGGCCCUCAAGGACCCUGAUCUUCGUGCCAGCCAAGUGAAAGUGCUGGAGACCCUCUCAGGACUGAUGAACGUGCAGGAGAUGAUCAAGGAGGCCCAGACCAAGGGCGCCACCAUAUACCUCCUCGACUUGUUUUGCAACUCGCGUAAUCCCCAGAUUCGCGAAAUGUGCGCUGGUAUUUUGGCCAAGAUGACUGCGGAUCGUCUAAGUGGUCCAAAAGUGCGGAUUACGGUUUCGAAAUUCCUGCCAGCUCUUUUCAUCGACGCCAUGGUAGAGUCGCCACCGACUUCGGUGCAGUUAUUCGAAUCAAUACACGAGCACCCGGAGCUAAUUUGGAACGACAGCACGCGAUCGAAUGUCUGCGACGCUGUGUCCGAAACGUGCGAAAGAUUCUAUAAGCAACAGAAGGCAAAUCCUCGCCAUGUGUGGAAGGAUCCGGAAAUUCUUAAAGACAUUGUAUCCAACGAAAUCGUUGUGGCCGGCGUCUACCUCCGACUGUUUGUCAGCAACCCCGCUUGGACUUUGCGAAAGCCCAAGCAAUUCCUCUCCGACCUCUUGGACUUUGUUGUGGAACAGAUAGGCAAGAGCUCCACCGAGCAGGAUGUGCUGGACCUGUCCACGACAGCGCUGGUGGAGCUACUACGCUCUCAGCCCAACCUGGCGGACGACAUCCCAGUGCUUGGACACAUACCAAAACUAUUUAACUUGCUUUCGGUGCAGCCAAAGAACACGCUAUCAGUAUUACAUCAACUAUCGCUGUCUGAGUUCUGCGUUAGUGCCAUUUCGCAGACAGAGUGUGUGUCGCCUCUGAAAAAGUGCAUGGAACACAAUAGGGAUUGCAUCGAGAAGGCCUGUGAGGCACUCAGUCGUCUUUUCAAGCACCAGCAUGACUCACUCAUCAGCCAAUCUCUGGAGGUGGGACUUAUACCAUUUUUGCUGGGCCUGCUGGACAGCCGACUGGAGUUCGUGGACAAUGCAUCGGCAGUCAAGGCGCAAAUUGUGGCGGCACUCAAAGGCAUGACGCACAAUCUCAACUACGGUGACCGGGUCACACAAAUCUUGCUCAAGCAUCCUGUGUGGGCAGAGUUUAAGGAUCAACGCCAUGAUCUGUUCAUCGCCGACACCACCAUACGUGGCUAUCUGACGGGCGUGAAUCCCACGGCUGGCUACCUGACGGCGGGUCCUGCGCAAAGCGUGGAAGUUCUCACCUCACCGCCUCCCAUCGAUCGCGACGAUCCUUCCGCCCGUCCACCUAUCGAUUAGCGACUUGUUAUCCGCCGGUCCAAGACUAAUGCUAAGACUGGCAUUUAAGUUCAUUGUGCUAUCACGGAGCCUUCGAUUGCCACGGAAUAUGACAUAUGAAAACGGACACGGACUUGCAUGGGUCUCCCCCCAAUUAUUGUAUUAAACUUUUGCAUAUUUUUUAUACUCGCAGCCAAUUGUACGUAGCGUGGAAACGGCAGGAGCGGCUGUCGGUAGCCAACAUAUUAUUAAAGUGUAACAAAGUUUCAUUUUUAUAUUUAUAAAGAAUUUGUAUAAAUAAUUAGUUAUUAGUUUAUACUAGGGUUGUUGAUAAUAUAUCAAAAUAUCAAUAUAUCGAUAUUUUCUUUUUAAAAUGAUAUAUUUAUAUCGUAAUUUUUUGUUUGCCUAAAUAUCGGAAAAUCGAUAUAUUUUUUUGAUAUUUUUUGAUAUUUUUGUCUUGAUUACUUUGUAUUCCAAAGUGACUUCAAGUGAACGAAUUCAAGCGCAAAAUAAUAUUUUCGCAAAAUGCGCGCAAAAGAAGGAAUGUACAUAUGUGAUAUGUGUGCGUAUGGCCAGAUUUCGUUGUCUAUGUGUGCAUAUGUAUGUAACUUACGCACAUACCACCGAAAUUUGGCGCCAAACGCGCACACACACGUUGUGCACACAUAUAUUAAUUAGUUUUCAUUCUUAGCUGUCCACGAACUUUGAAGGUAUUAUGACAAUAACGGAGACUUUCAAGAAUGCUGAAGUAAGGAUUGUUAAUAACAAAAAAAACGGUGCAAAAUUUUCACUUUCCGCCAACGGAUUUCGAAGUCCGGACCGCAUUUGUAAACAAUUACCGAAACUUAUUGUCUUUUUAUUGUGGGCAGGAAAUUUUUUUAUUUAACACAAAAAAUAUCAAAAAUAUCAAUAUAUCGAUAUUUUUCGGUGAUAUUUGAAAUAUUAUUAUCAUAUUAUUUGAUAAAAAAAAUAUCAUCGAUACGAUAUUUUUUAAAAUUUUCGACAACCCUAGUUUAUACACCGAACAUAAACAACCUAACUAGAGCAUGCAUAAAGUGAUUAUACAUAUUAUGGAAUAAAGCCGAUUCAUUACAAAUGAAA